AUGGCGGCCAUGUUCUCGACCCCCACUUCGACAAAGGGCGGCGCUAACGGCAAUCUCCUCGAGAUCAAGGCCGGAAAGUUGAGCAUGCAGGGCGGAAGCAAGCCCGGGUAUAAAAAGUGUGUCCCCGAAAAGACGAAAGGCCUGAUCUUCAUCAAGCAGUCCAACGACGGGCUCACUCAUUUCUGCUGGAAGAACUUGGAGAAUGGCGCCGUCGUUGAUGAUCUGAUCAUCUUCCCCGGCGACACUGACUUCAUGCGUGUGCGCGAGUGCACCGACGGAAAGGUGUUUCUCCUCAAGUUCAAGACGUCCACCGAUCGCCGUCUCUUCUGGAUCCAGGAUGGGACGCCGGAUAUUGAGAAGGAUCUCUGCGAGAAGGUGAAUGACAUCCUGAACAAGCAGCCCCACCAGCGAUCGGCUGCCGGCCGUAACACACACGAGCGAUUCGCCGGUCCAAACGCCUUCUCCUCAUUCACGGGCAGUGGCAGCAAGGGUGCCCGUCUUCCCGCCAGUCUCAAUCGUGACGAUAUCGCCAGUUUUGGAGGGCUUGAUCAGGGACAGCUGAUGCAGCUCCUCUCCCUCAUGGGACCGGGCAAUGACGACUCGUUCGGUGCCUCUCAAGAGGGCGCUGACGGUGGACCGGAUGGGGCUGAGAUUGAUGCUUCAUCAUCUUCCGUUCUCGCCGAUGCUGCUGGCCAUUCGACGCCGAAGGCUGGCCCUGCCGAUUAUGACAAGAUGCGCCAACUGGUGGCCGGAAUGGCUUCGGCCGGUCCACGGGCUGAUGGAUGUGAUCUGACGGAUGUGUUGCGUGGCCAGGAAGUGAAGCAGGUCCUCGAGAAGAAUUCCGAACAAUUCGUGGCCAACUCGAUCCUGGUGGACGAUGUGCCAGAGGCAGAGGCGAGUUCGAAGCAAGAAGUCGUCGACACCCCCUCCCAGCCCACCUUCCAACAAGCCGUCGGCGUGUUCAACUACGCGUUUGCCAGUGGACAGAUUGGCCCUGUUCUUCAGCAGUUUGGCCUUCCCGAUGAUGUCGUUCAGGCCGCGUCCAGUGGUGAUAUCCUGAAAUUCGCGACGACGCUCACCGACAAGGAGGCCCCGAAGAAGGAAGGUGCCUCGACAAGCGACGACACGAUGGAUACGCAAUCGGAAGAGACGCGCGAGCCAGAGCCGAAGAGGGGAAAGACUGAUGAUGGAGACGAUAUGGAACUCGAC